GACAGUGGGGAAGUUUGGAGAGCGAAACUCAGACUUCGUAAAGUUGAGAAGCUACGAAACAUAAAACUGAGACAGGCCGAAGCCAGGCAGCCACUAUGGACGACUUAGACGCGUUACUGGCGGACCUGGAAUCUACUACGUCCCACAUCUCAAAGCGACCUGUGUUCUUGCCCGAAGAGACCCCCUACUCCAUCCCCAGUGGAGGGCACACCUACCAGGAUGUGUCAGUCCCACCUCCAGUCCCUCCUCCACCCUCAGCCGAGGCUCUGAACGGGUCCCAGCUGGAUCAGCCGGACUCCCAUCACUCCUCUCAGCAGUCCUUGGGCUCAGCCCAGAAUAACUCAUGGUCCAGGGACAGCAGCAGCUCUCCGUUGUCUCACAUCGAAGAGGACCAUGUCUACAGUUUUCCAAACAAACAGAAGCCAGUAGACACGUCAACAGCAGCCAUGACCUCUGCCAUGGGCAGUAACCUCUCCGAGCUCGACCGACUGCUGCUGGAACUCAACGCAGUGCAACAGAGCUCCCCUUCAUUCCCCACCACAGAGGAGGCAGCUCCACCGUUGCCAUCCUGCAGCAUCACCCACUACGAGAACGGCAGCUCCCCUGACAUCAUGGGGAGCCCUCCCCCUCAGGAGAAACCCAAGAGGAACGGAACAAGACUGGAAGAGGCCCGACCCACCGUGGAGAGUCUGCUGGAUGAGCUGGAGGGUUCAGUGCCUUCACCCAGCUCCUCUGCUCGCCACGGCGAUUUGGACACACCCUCUCAGCAGCAAGCGAGAAUUUCCGCUUCCUGUGCCACAAGAGAGCUCGACGAGCUGAUGGCCUCUUUGUCUGACUUCAAGCCCAGUUCUUUGGGCUGUCUGCUAGACCCAGCAGAAGCAUCUUCCAGCUUUCCUCAUCCUCCAGCCUCUUCCUCCAUCAGCCCAGUGGCUUCUCCUUUCCCCAGUCUGUCCCAAGUUCCUCUCUGUGCCUCUCCUCUGUUCUCUUUGCCUGCUGGUCUCGAGCUGCACAUAGACGAGGAUGGAGGAGACGGCGGCAUGUCAACGCCCCAUUCAAACUGUCUCUGUCCACACAGUCCUAUAUCCUCACUUUCUGCAGCCAGUGACUUAGACCAGGACAUAGACGUCUCUGCCACCAUGCUGUCAUCCCAAACGAGGGCUCUGCUUGUCCUUUCUCAUGCUGCUUCCUCGAACUCCACCCUUAUGAGUAAUAGCCCAAGUCCUUCGAAUAUUGCCACCACCCCCUCCCUCACGUCAGUUAACACGGUCCUGGACCACAGGUCCUCCAAGUCCUCUAGUCCAUCUGUAGAGCGAGAUUCACCCUCAAAUACUGUUGGUAAAUUCCCUUGUGCUCCUGAGACUAUGAGCAAAGGAUCUGCUUCUUUUCAAGACCUUGUUUUGAAUUUCUCUACUCCACCUCCUUUUAAAAACCUUACCCCACCUCUCUCUGCUCCAAAGACUCCUUCACCCAUCCCUGCCGUUCUGUCUAUAUCUCCACAUUCUGCGCAUGUUUCGUUAAAAACAGCCUCGCCAUCACCGGUCUGUCCAUUGCUGGCCGCCUCUCCGCUGGCCUUCACUAGCACCAGCAGACAGUCGGCACCCGCACCCCAGAGAGACAGCCCCUUCACCGCACAGCAGCCCCCCAUGGGGGAGCCCUCCUUGGAGGAGGCACUAGACAAGCUGCUCGCGAUGAGUUUUGCACAGAAUCCCUCCGCAGCACAUCUGGAGGAACUGAAGGUGGAGUCGGAGUGUUUCGGCAGAGGAAUGCAGGAGAUGCACGAGGAGCUCAUCCUGCCUCUGGACAGAAACAGUAUGCAGCCGGACACUUUCACCAGCGCCACCAACACCAUCACCGACGACUCGAUGGACGGAGGGACUGAUGGGAAUGGAGAUCUGGACUGGGCUGAUGAGGAGCUGUCAAUGUCCUUCCAUGAUGGACUGGAUGGCACCAUGUCGUCUUACACCGAGAGGCCGUACACGGAUGGCAGCAUGACCCCGCUGACAGAGGCCAGCUGGAUGGAUGAGUCCAUGACGCCAUCCUCAUGCCCCGGGACCCCUGAUGUUUCCCUGGACCUGCCCCUGCUGCCGACUCCCACUAUAGACCGACUCUCUGCUUCCGGACAUAUAAAAUCAGUGAUUAGGCGGACUAAGGAGACUCCUAACGUGCACCCCAUGUUCCGAGAUGGUCUCCUGCGCAGAAAGAUGGGACCCGUCCUUGUAAACAAGAACACUUCUCAGGACCGCCUCAUAGAGGAGCUUCAGGGCAAGUUUGGGAUCGGCCGCUCAGAGCGGCGGCGUAAACAGCCCGACGAUUGGCUGACCGAGGGUGUCAUCGUCACAUGCAAACCCCAGCGUUUCCGUCCCGAUGGGGCCGGCAGUGAGGUCGACAAGGUUGGCUUCAGUGUGCUCAACAGUUUUCCCAAAUAUUUAUAUUCCCAAUUAAUUCACCUUUUAGUUUUCUACACACUUUGCUCUCUGUGUUCCUUCCCUUCUCUCUGUUUCUCUCUCCUCUUUGUUCAGAUCAUAUUUUCCACAGAGUCGCCUGUCCCUGAGAGGAAGGUGCUCCCGCCUCUCUCUCCCCCCGCCCUUCGUCGCCUUCCUGUUAUAGAGGAACUUAAGCGACUACUCCCAGUGCAGCACCCCCCUAUCCCUACACCGCCACCUCUCCCUCCCCCUCCCCCUCCACGACUUCCCCACAUCCAGCAACGAGUUCUCCCUGCAGAUCGGCAGAUUUUAAAAGCCACGCCACCACCAUCCCCAAUUCAGGAGUCUCCUGUCCCCAAACCAGAGCCUGUUCUUAAAAUGCCAAACCGCCCUCCACCAGUGGAGCCAGUGAUACCACCAAAAGUCCUGGUGUCAGUAGGCUGCCAAACAGAGUAUGACCCAAUCUUCCCUCCAAUGCAGAUUAUGGCCCAAGGGAAGGCCGGCGUUCCUGGUGGGGCGCCGACACAGGUCAACAAGCUGGACAACAUGCUCGGCAGCCUGCAGUCUGACCUCAACAAACUGGGUGUGCAGACGGUAGCUAAAGGAGUUUGCGGAGCCUGUUGUAAGCCAAUCGUGGGACAGGUGGUGACUGCUAUGGGCCGCACGUGGCACCCUGAACACUUUGUGUGCACGCACUGUCAGGAGGAGAUCGGCUCCAGGAACUUCUUUGAGCGGGAAGGACAACCGUACUGUGAGACCGAUUACCACAACUUGUUCUCCCCGCGGUGCCACUACUGCAACGGGCCCAUCCUGGAUAAAGUUGUGACGGCGCUGGAUAGAACAUGGCAUCCUGAACACUUCUUCUGCGCUCAGUGUGGAUCUUUCUUUGGCCCAGAAGGCUUUCAUGAAAAGGAUGGAAAAGCCUUUUGCAGGAAGGAUUACUUUGACAUGUUUGCACCAAAAUGUGGCGGCUGUGCCAGAGCCAUUUUGGAGAACUACAUCUCAGCGCUGAGCAGCCUUUGGCAUCCGGAGUGUUUUGUCUGCAGGGAGUGCUUCACCCCGUUUGUGAAUGGAAGUUUCUUUGAGCAUGACGGCCAGCCUUACUGUGAAGUGCACUACCACGAGCACCGUGGCUCCCUCUGCUCCGGCUGUCAGAAGCCCAUUACAGGACGCUGUAUCACAGCCAUGUCCAAGAAGUUUCACCCGGAGCACUUUGUCUGCGCCUUCUGCCUGAAACAACUCAACAAAGGCACCUUCAAAGAACAAAACGACAAACCGUACUGCCACGGCUGCUUUGUCAAGUUGUUCAGUUAGGGAGCAGCUAUGGAUCGGGGCUAAGAUCAGUGUCUAAAGCAUCUUUAGCAGAGGCAGGGGAUUCAUUUUGUGUAUCAAAGAGGGCUGUCUGUAUUCUGAUAGAAGCAUUGGAAGUGUGUAUGCAUUAAGUCUGUGCAUGUGGUUGAAGCUGCAUACUGUCUCUUGUCCCCUAUUUUCAGAAUGCCAGCUAUGCAUUUAGCAUUGAGGCUCUUAUGCAGUAGGUUUUGAGUUGGUCAGUAGGCCACGGUGUGACGCAAAUAUACUCCAAAGGUGACAUCACAAGGUUUUUUUCAACUCAACACUGAUAUAUACAAAACUAUGUUUUUUUUUCUUCUCUUAAUCCCAAGAAAUGUGUUGGAUAUUUUCAACAGGCAAAGAGCUGUAAUUUUCUCUGUUUUCAAAUAUUCUAAGUUUUUAUCUUGUUAGGUGGUGGUGAAAUUUUACUGAACACUGUAGAAAUUCAUAAACUAUUAGGCAUGUUUGACAUGUUGCUCACUGGUUGAGCGUGUCAUUUUAGAAACCAUAAAAAAGAAACAUAAACGGUUGCAAUGGAGGAGGGUACACAGCUUAUUCCCCACAUGGUGUAAAGAGCCGAUGGAUGACUCCAUAUUAUCACUGUAGCAUUGGCUGGAGAUGGGCUGCAUCAGCAUUUACAAAGAUUUUGUAUGUGAAAAAUCGAGUGUCUUUACCCUUUCAAGAAAACACUUGUGUAUAAAGAUUAUGUGUUGAUACCAGAAUGUCACAAAGAUUAUUUUAAACUGAGUGAAUCAAUUUUACAGUUUCCAAAAUGAGUGACAAACCACACCUUUUUUUUAUUUUUAUGUUUCUCCAAAGGCAAACUAUGCAUGGAUGAAUAUUUUCACAGUGCUUGUCAAUGACAAAGUUCCGUAUGUAGUCAUCCACCGGUAGCUGCGGUAUUCACUCUUGGUCACAGACGUUUGAACAAACUUUACGUAUUUGUGCUGCCAAAUCAUUCCUUGUAUUUUCACAGAAGAAAAGAGAAAACCACCUGAAAUCAUAUUUGUUUCUCUUACAGUGAAGUGGCAUCACACAACGAUACUGGGAGUAUAUUGUGCAUCUCUUAAACUACCAUUAGUGUUUCUCGGUACAUCCUGACAGGUUUUUUGUAAAUAUCAAAUGCAGCUACAAUAGAAGCAAAACGCUGGCAUGCUUAGCAUGUACAUGUGUUUAAUAACCACUCAUUCAAAGAAGAUGGCUGGUGAGGAGGCAUAGCAAAGAUGUUGUUAUAUGGUGGGUGUCAUUACUGUAUUGAGAAGCUGAUGCAUGUUCACUAUUUUGAAAUGAGAAAAUGUGCCUGUGAUAUUCCAAUGACUGCAACUGUGGAUUAACAACUUUGUACUUCAGCAUAAGUGUGUUUUUCUGAUGUAAAAGGAUGUCUGUGCCUUUGUAUCAGUACCAUGUCUAAUAACACUGGCAAAUUCAACAAAAAUACUGAUAACAGGUCAAUAGGCCGCAGUUAUGUUUUCAUGUAUGAGUCCACUGAAAAAUGAUGGCUGUAAAAGUGAGAACCUGGUGGUCAGUUGAUGACUCGGCGUCUGAGUAGCAUCUACUGGAUGACCACCGGGUUGGGUCUCGACAUGGGAUCAUGACAUGCAGCAGAUAUAUCGGGUCUUUUUCAGGGAAUUCUAGAGCCUUAAAUCUUUUCUCACUCUAUUUAAGAUAUCAUGUAACAGUUGUCUUUUCAAAUCAAUUGAGUAGAGUGUUAUUUAACCAAAGCUAUACCUUUUUUUUUAGUUGUUUGUGUCUCUUCAUCUUUUUGUUCCCUACACUCUGAAUGUCGGUCCUAAUGAAUAGUGAUAUUCCUCGCAUCUAGUUUGAUUAAGCAAAUAAAUUCAGUUUUGUUAUUAAAUAGUA